CGCAGCGCAGCCCCCACCUCCUGACACCGCCGCCCCUCGCCGGAGAGGGCAACCUCAUGGACUCCGCCGCCCGCACGCGCCGCUCGCCGCCGGCCGACCGCUUCCUCGGGCUCUUCACCUCGCCGACCCCGUCGCUCCCCGCCUCUCCCACCGCGGCGGGCGACGAGCUCCUCGAGGGGGACCUCCUCUUCCCGCCGGCCGCGUCCUCGGACCCUUCGCCGCCGCCCGAUGCGUCCGCUAAACCGGGCCGCGUCCCGGGCGGACACGUCGGGCUUCUCGCUGCGCUGCACGAGGGGGACCGGCGGCUCCCUGGACGCGGCGGCGCGGGGGCCGCGGCCGUGGCCACGGCCGGCGCUGCGGGGACGCUGCUCCGCCGCAAGGCGACCAUCGCCGCCGCGGAGGCGGCGGUUUCCUCGGCGCAGACGCAGUCGCCUCCUUCGGCAGCGCGCGCGAUCCCGUCGGUUCCCAGGACGAGAGAGCAGCCCUCCGCGAUGCCGUACCACCAGUCGGCUCCCGUCAAGGUGCCCGUCCGGCCGCCGCCGCCGCGGCGGAGUGGGUGGGACCAUCUAGCCGGCGUGCCAAGCGACGGGUACGACGAUGACGACGAGGAGGAGCUCCUCCGUGGGGACGCUGCUAUGCUGCCCCCGCACGAGAUGGUGGCGCGCGCGUCCGCCGGUGGCUUCGGCGCGCCGGUGAAGCCGUCCUCAAUGCUCGAGGGCGUCGGGCGUACGCUCAAGGGCCGAGACCUCCGGCGCGUCCGCGACGCCGUUCUCCGGCAAACCGGCUUUCUCGAUUGAACCCGGCAAAGGUGAUAGAAUUUUUCCCUUCCAAACUCAAUGAUGCAUGAUCUGUGUUGUAGCUUUGGUCAUGGAUCACGGUAUAAUUCGACAAUAGUAUGCCUUGUGUUUUGUUUACAAGGAUAGUUUAAACAAGAAAAGUUAGGGUCGUAUGCAAAUUAUUUGCAAAUUUUGUUGUGCUUUUGGAGGUGUAUGCAACAUCCAUUUUGUAAUUUAUAAACAAGCAAUAAGUUGUAAGAAUGGAAUUGCGAUUUGGGAGAGCUCUUUGUACUUGAGGAGACAAAAUUUCAGGACAUUUGGUAUUUUGUUUGUCCAAAUGUCAAUACCUAUGCACUGUUUUGCUGCAUUGGAAUCUUUUUGUUAAAUCCAGAGAUAUA